CCCCCCCAGCGCGCGCACCCCCAAAGCCCCCCAGGACCGCGGCUGGGGGAGGGGACCGGGCUGGGGAGGCGGCUCUUUGUCUCCAGGAACCCGGGAGCAGAGGCAGCCAGCAGCAAGUGCGACAUGGACAAAAAGGACAAGGCCAAGGCCGGGGGCCCCGGGAAGACGCUGGCUUCUCGCCCCCCCAGCCUUGCGACCCCCAGACCCCCGGGGUCCCCGAGACCCCUGCCCCCCGUGACCAGCGCUGCCCUCCGCGUCCUGGGGGCGGCGGGGGCUGCGGGCCGGGGGCCCCUGGCCGGGGUCUCCCGAGGGGGCGCGCUUCCGGAGGCUCCUGCUUCUCGGGGGGCAUCCACGAAGAGCCCAGGGAGCAGCCCACGGAAUCCAGCCUCCAGGCCCCCCGCGAUUGGAAGAGGGGAGCGGACCCCUGCUAAGAACGUCAGCCUGGGCUCCGUAUCUAGCCCUGGGCGAACCCCUGGGACCAGUGUGGUCCCUUCUGUCCCCAGGCUCUGUCCUCCUGCACAGAAGGGUCUCCGGCCCCCGGUUGAGGAGCCUGUGACCAGAAGCAAAGUCCCAGAAGCAUCUAGAAGGACCCCUCUGGGCGCUGGGACCCGGAGAGAAUCUUCUGGACCCACCCCCGCUGCUCCCUCCCCAGCCACCUCCCGACGGUCCCGGGCUGCGGGCACCGAAGUGGGUCUCCAUCGGGCUGCCCCCAGUGCCCGGAAGCCCCAGACUGAACCCCCCAAGAAACCCGUGAGCGGCACCCCGGAAUCCAGCCCUGCCACCAGGAGGCGACAGAGUGCCGGCCUCCAGAAGCCAGCCUCCCGCCCUCUGGGUUCCAGUGCCACCUCUCUGCCCUCCCCAGCCGCCCGUUCUGGGGCGCCCCCCGGGGGAGCACCCCGCACCCUGGGGCAGCCCCCUAAAUCCAAAGGGCUGCGCCCCCCGCAGGCCACACCCCUAAAAAAAGGCGCAGCCCCCGUGCAGGGCCUCUGUCCUCUGGCCACGUCAUUCCCACCAGCUAGGACAGUAUCAGUGUCACAGUCUCCUCAGAGGGUCCCAGCUGCGCCCCUGCAGGACCCGCUCCCGCCGUCUCCACCCACCACGCCGCCUUCCCAGCGGAGGGUGGGCCCCUUGAACACGCCCCCAAUACAAGCCACGCCCCCAAUACAAGCCACGCCCCCUCCACAAACCACGCCCCCUCCACAUGCCUCGCUGGCUCUGCAGAGCCUCCCCUCCCCGCCGGCCACGCCCCCACCCUUAGCCCCGCCCACCCACGCUGGGGCCUCCCCUCCUGCGGGCUCCUCUCCUCCACUGCCCCCCUCCAGUCUUUUGUCUCCCAUCUCCCCAGCAGUUCCCCCUCCUCUGCAGAGUAGACCCCCCAACCAGACCUCCCCAGCUUUAUCUUCUCUGUCUCCCCUCCCCAUCUCCUCUCCCUUGGCCACCCCUCCUGUGUCAGCUUCUGCUGUGCCGGCUGCAACCCUGCUGGGAGCCCCCUAUCCCUCUGCGGGGAGUCUGGUCGCGCCUGCCAUGCUGGGCUCUUCUCUGGCUACGGCCACGUCCCCCCCACAGGCCUUGCCUUUGACCAGGCUCUCUGCUUCGGAUCCUCCUUUAGGCCCCCAACCUCCCUUGGGGUCACCGUCUUUGCAGGACCCCCCUUCUGUCCUGGCCACCACCCCUCCUCAGACUCCGCCGGCUCUGGCCAUAUCCCCUCUGCCGGGUCUGCUUUCUCUGCGGGAAGUUCCCUCUGCUCCUCCUGGCUCCCCAGCUCCACAAGACCCUCCUGAACCCCCGGCCCCGCCCUCUCCCAGGACCACGCCCCCUUCCGAGGCAAUCCCUUCUCCCUCUGCUUCUCCCACUUUCCAGGCCCCUCUCUGCCCCUUGGCCUCAGUCCUUCAGGCCCCGCCCUCUCCCAAGGCCCCGCCCCCACCACAAGCCCCGCCCUCUCCCAAGACCACGCCCCCACCACGAACCCCGCCUUCUUUGAUCUUACUGCCUGUGCAGGCUCCUCUUCCCCCUGCCUCACCCCCUCUCCAAGACCCUCUCUCCCCCAGGGCGGCAGCCCCUCUUCAGGCCCCGCCCUCUCCUCUGACCACUCCCCCUGUCCAGGCCCCACCCCCUCCCAGCACCACACCCUCUGUGCAGACCUCGCCUCCCUUUACUUCCCUCCCUCUCCAGGCCCCUUUCUCUCCCCUGGCUUCAGCCCCUCUCCAGGUCCCGCCCUCUUCGCAGACCACCCCCCCUAUUUGUGCCCCGCCUUCUCCGGCCUUGCCCCCACUGCAGACACCUCCUCCUCCUGCCUCACUUCCUCUCCAGGACCCUCCUCUGGCCGCAUCUCCUCACCAGCACCCACCCGAGUCUUCCCUGCAGACCCUGCCCUCUCCCCGGACCCCGCCCCUUCCAAACCAGGCCCCGCCUUCUCUGCAGACCACGCCCCCUCCCCAGCGCUCUCCCCUGUCCCCUCUUCAGGCCUCAUUCUCUCCGCAGGCCACGCCCCCUCCACAACUGGCCACGCCCCCUCCCCAGCGCUCACCCGUGUCCCCUCUGCAGACCCCGCCCUCUCCCCAGACCCCGCCCCCUCCACAACAGGCCACGCCCCCUCCGCUGGACCCUCCAGCCCUGGUCCUGCCACCGCUGCAGACCCCUCCGUCUCCCCCCACCUCCCCGGCGCUGCACGCCCCUCGCCGACCCCCGACCCCGGGCCCCGACGCCCCGAUCCCCGGCCCGCGGUUGACCCUGGCGCUGACCCCGGCCCCGCCGCCGCCGCCAUCGCGAAGUCCGUCCAGCACGCUCAGCGGCCCGGACCUGGCGGGGCACAGCAGCAGCGCCACCAGCACCCCAGAGGAGCUGCGCGGCUAUGACAGCGGGCCCGAGGGGGGCGCCCCGGCCUCCCCGCCUGCAGAUGCCGAGCUCGCCGCCUGCCACCCAGCCUCCUGGAGCCGCGGACCCGCCCCGCCGCUGGCUGUCCGCGGUACCCCAGGUGCGCCCCUGCCGUGGUCUCCUGCAGCCGGCGCUGGUCCUUCCGACGGCCUGUGCACCAUCUACGAGGCAGAAGGCCCCGAGUCAGCCACCGCCACUCCGUGUCCCCUGGAUCCCGCGCCCGGGUCCUCUGCGGGCGUCGUGGGGAAGCCGGUGGGACCCCCCCGGGACUCAAAGCAGGCGCGCCUGGGCGAGCUGCCGCUAGGGGCGCUGCAGGCCAGCGUGGUGCAGCACCUGCUGAGCCGCACUCUGCUGCUGGCGGCCUCCGAGGGUGCGGGGGGCGGCGGAGGGCCCGGGGGCGCGGGGGGCGGCGGCGGGCCAGGGGGCGCACGCAACGCGCUCAGCGACGCAGAGCUCGGCCGCUGGGCCGAACUGCUGUCUCCGCUGGACGAGUCCCGCGCCAGCAUCACCUCGGUCACCAGCUUCUCCCCGGACGACGUGGCUUCCCCGCAGGGAGAUUGGACGGUGGUGGAGGUGGAGACUUUCCACUGAGGAGCCAGCCCAAGCCACGCCCCUCGUCGUAACCCCGCCCCUUUAUGUGAGCCCCGCCCACGACAUUGGCCACGCCCUCCUUGCCCACAGCCGGGUGAAUUGGCCUUAGCCCAUGCCCCCUUCUUCAGCCCCCAGCCUUACUUAGAAUUUUUUUGUGGGGGGGCUAGCCUGGCAGUCCACCCGCAUGCCUGGCCUGGCCCUACCCUUGAACCCUGCCCCAUUGCGAAUGCAUUGUCCACCGCGGAAAGACCCCUGUUUCUAUUUUUCUUUUAAUUUCUUUAUUGGGGAAUUAAUGUUUUACAUUCGACAGUAAAUUCAAUAGUUUGUACAUGCAUACCAUUUCCUAGUUUUCCAUAUAAUAAUACAACCCCCACUAGGUCGUCUGUCACAGCUCUGGCUGAUGGUAGUGCUGGGGAUUUAACCUGGGACCUCAGAGCCUCAGGCAGGAGAGUCUCUUCGUAGAAUCAUGUCGUUAUCUACCCCAGUUCAAAAGCCCCAGUUUCAAUAAAGACCCUACCCACA